GCUACAACAACUUCGAGUAGUAGAAAGCCAAGUAUCUCAACAAUGCAGCUAUUUCACACAGUUCUCGUUCUGCUCGCUAGCACCCUUGCUACUGCACAGCUCCCCAAUAUCCCUUCGUGCUCUAUAAACUGCUUCAUCAGUGCAUUUCAGCAUGAUGGAUGCUCACAGUUGACAGACUUUGCUUGUCAUUGCCAGAAGCCAGAUCUUCCCACCACCAUUACCCCCUGCGUCCAAAAAGCAUGCAACGUUGCCGACCAGUCUGCCGUAUCUAGCGAAGUCGUCCGACAGUGUUCCAUCGCAGGCCAUCCUAUCUCUAUCCCUCCGGUGGGCGGUGGCCUUGAGACUACGACCUUGUCUAUGCCCAGGACUUCAACUACUGAUUCAGAAGCUGUCUCCUCAAGCGCUGCAUCAGCGACCCUCCCCACAGCAUCCUCUUCUAGUGCUGCAUCAUCUUCGAAGGUGUCGCAUUCCUCGUCCGCAUCUGCAUCAGCGUCGGCAUCUAGCUCCCACGCUCCGUCAACUCCAGGCUCACACAGUCAGUCUGGGCAUGCAUCAUCUACGGCAUCUCCAUCCUCUCCCCUUUCGACUGGUUCUGCGUCGACUGUCAAGGCGGGUGUAGCUGGGGCUAUAGUUAUUGCUGCUGCUGCAGUGUGCGUACUAUAGACAGACUUACGGUGUAGCAAG